GCAGUCGCCCGGGAUGGAUUGGAAAUUUAUAAGAAAGCUUAGGUACACUUGACCAUUUAAUCAAUCUAUUUACCAUCGUUAACAUGCUCGGCGCUAAAGCAGCUCUUGUCACCAUACUUCUAGCAGCCACGGCUGUAUGGUCAGAUGUAUCACCGGAUGAGACGUGUGGCGUUGAAAAGGCCGGCGAUAACAAUGGCUACACCUGUCCCGGGGAGAAGAAGUGCUGCUCGGCCAAUGGCUACUGUGGCUCAACGGAUGAAUACUGCCUGAAGACCGUAGGGUGUCAGAGCAAAUACUCUAACGCAACAGCCGCUUGCAUCGAUCCCAUUGAUGGCGAGACGAUUUCGCCUGAUGGUACUUGUGGAUCCGAAGGGGCUGGCCAGUACGGCUACCGAUGUCCUACUGAAGGGGGAUCUUGUUGCUCCAUUGCGGGCUACUGCGGAAACACUACUGCUCACUGCCUCGCUGCAGAGGGUUGUCAAUCGGCGUACGGGGAAUGCCAGUAAAUAAGGG